AUGUUUUCCGUGUUUAAGAAGCUAACGAACAAAAACGAUGGCCCUGCCGUAUCGAUACCGGAGUCCGUCGGGCAGACGAUGUCUGAUUCGCUUAAGAAGCGAUUUUCCCGAGGCGUGCAAUAUAACAUGAAAGUCGUUAUCAAGGGCGAUCGGAAUGUUGGUAAAUCUUGUCUGCUGGAACGGCUGCAGGGAAAAGCCUUCAUCGAGCAGUACACUCCGACCGAGCAAAUACAGGUCGCCAGCAUCCAGUGGUCGUUCAAAGCGACGGACGAUGUCGUUAAGGUAGAAGUGUGGGAUGUGGUAGAUCGUGGAAAAUCGAAACAAAAAAGCACCAACCUGAAGCUUACGACGGCAGGACCUGGUUCUGAACCGGACGUUCCCGUGCUCGAUGCGGAGUUCCUCGACGUGUACAAGGGCACACAUUGUGUCGUGAUGGUGAUGGACAUAACCAAGGCAUGGACGUUCGAUUACGUUUGCCGCGAAUUGCCCAAGGUGCCGACAGACAUUCCGGUACUACUCCUCGGCAAUCACUGUGAUAUGGGCCACCAUCGGGUAAUUAGUGCGGAACAGGUGCACGGCUUCGUCGAGACGGCCAGCCAGGAACGGAAUGCCGAAAUCGUUUACGGCGACAGCUCAAUGCGGAACGGGUUCGGACUGCGAUUAUUGCACAAAUUCUUCGGCAUUCCGUUUCUCUACCUGCAGAAGAGUGCCCUCGAAGCGUCGCUGAGAAAAAAUGCUCAGGAUCUCGACAUCUGCCGGUUGGAGAUCGACGAAUAUCAGAAAUCGGACGAUUCGGACUAUGGUCGCUUCCUGGACAAUCUCAUCAGCAAAAAGAAGGCACGUGAAAACACUACCAACCCGACCCCUACCAGCCCUACCGAUCCGUCCGUGAUUCGACCGACAAAAAGCAUCAUUCUUGGAGGUGGUCAUCCAAUCAUCGUGCCGGAUCGGAAUUCUCAUCUGGCGGUCGCUUCGACGACGGCCAUCAACACAGUCAAGCUCAAUCCACAGCGCCAGUCGGAACAGCCAGCCCGCACUGCGACCAUGGCCACACUGUCGUCCGAUAUGGGGUUCGGAAAGAUCGACAAUGUGGAUGAGUUUUGUCCGGAUGGUGGCGUGUUGGAUAAGUCGUUCCUUGAGGAUACGGUUGACGUAGGUACGGGGCGUCAGUCAUCAUCCUUUUCUCCGGCCGUUGAAAGUGAUGAAGAUGAAGAAGAUCGACACAAUCCGCUCGUGUCCAGGUUUGAUGAUGAAGAUCCUGGUGGAGAGGUAGCGACCGAACCACCGGAAGUGUACGAUAAAUCAUCACCCUCUGUGAAGCGAUCGGUCGCCGGCCUACCGACGGUUAAUCCUGCUCGAAUCGAACCGGAACGUACUAACAGGUACAACGAGGAAGAGAUGGUGGAGGAGGAGACACAGGAGGAAGACGAUAGCGAACGGAAGCUUUCGCUGUUGAGUGUCGAGCUGGAAGUGGGACGAAUUACACCGAGCGUUGAUAAAGGAAAGCUGCACCUUAACUACGAAGGUUGGUCCAUGAUCGACACGAAAGAGCGUCGUUCACCGGAAGGUGGGGAAGAUGUCGUUUCCACCUCAUCCGUGAGCCGGUCCAAGAGUUCGUCGGAGAAAAAGUCCAAGGAUAAAGACAAAAAGCACAAGAAGAAAAAGUCCAGCAAAGACAAGGACGAAGGCGGCGGUGGUCGUAGCAGCAGCGACGGGAAGCAUCACCGAAGCAGCAAACGCAAAAGCCACGUCGAUGAGUUUCUGAAGGAGAUGCAAACGAAUGCGGCCACGUACGAGGACGGUGGCACCGUGGACGAUGCUUAUGAAGCGCUCUGA